GAGCCAUGCCCCCAACCAGAUAGCAAACAACCUAAGUUGUCUAUAAGUAUUUUUCCUAGGCUGAUGACUCCCAGGUAGUGCUGAAGAGGGAGGGGAUGGUAUAAGGUAUGAAUGAGGAGGAUGGAGUUCACUCAAACCCACAGAAAACAAGGAUCUUCCCUGCUGCAUGCUAGAGAAUCGGCUUUGUGGCAGCGGCCCCAUCAUCUUUAUUGCUUUCGGUGAAUGAGGGUGACUCUCCACACCACAGAAACAGGGCUGAAAGGAGCUGUAUCAGAGAGGCAGCUCAAGCAUCAAGAUGCUGUCCAGACCAAAACCGGGGGAGUCCGAGGUGGACCUGCUGCGCUUCCAGAAUCAGUUUCUCGCAGCUGGAGCAGCCCCAGCCGUGCAGUUGGUGAAGAAAGGAAGCAGGCGAAGUGGUGAUGCUGACCUGGACCAGCCCCUGCUACAGGAUGGUCGGGAUGUGGUGAUGCUUGACAAUCUCCCAGACUCACCCCCAGCUUUGGUUCCUGCUCCCCCAAAGAGAGCCAGGCCCAGCCCUGGCUGCCCCCUGCCUCAGGAUGAGGACCCUGAAGAGAGGCUGAGCAGGCAUGACCAGCACAUCACUGCUGUCUUGACUAAGAUUAUUGAACGAGAUACAAGUUCAGUGGUGGUCAAUCUGCCUGUGCCCAGUGGUGUUGCUUUUCCCCCAGUAUUCCAUCGCUCACAAGAGAGACAGGGGAAGCCAGCAGCAUCUGGUAAGAGGAGCAUCUUUGCCCAGGAGAUCGCAGCAAGGAGGAUGUCUGAAGGAAGGACCCCAUUGGUUGGGGAAGUUGUGCCCAACCUGAACCCACCAGAGGGUGCUGUGACCUUUGAGGCACCCACCCUUAGAGACAAGGGCAGCCAGCUUCCAGGGAGCAGCCAUAGCUUCCAGGGACCCCAUGUGAUCACAGGGAAGGGGCUCAGGGGCCAGGAGGCUGAACAGGAAGCCCAGACCAUUCAUGAAGAGAAUGUAGCAAGACUGCAAGCCAUGAGUGCCGAGGAGAUCCUGCAGGAGCAGCAGCAGUUGCUGGCUCAGCUCGACCCCAGCCUGGUUGCCUUCUUGAGAUCUCACAUCCACACUCGUGAGCAAGCAGGAGAGAAGGCCACCAAGAAGGAGAGGCCAGGAGGACCCUCAAUUCAUGUCACCAAAGAAGAGCCCAUCAUGUCAGCUUUGGCUGGUGAAUCCAGGAAGGAGGACAAGCUGGAGCCAGAAGCCCCAGUUCUGGCACUGCCCAUGACCCCUCACAAAGAAUGGCUACAUAUGGACACUGUAGAGCUGGAGAAGCUGCACUGGACCCAGGACCUGCCCCCACUCCGGCGGCAGCAGACACAGGAGAGAAUGCAGGCCCGAUUCAGUCUUCAGGGAGAGCUCCUGGCCCCUGAUGUGGACCUACCCACCUACCUGGGCCUGCACCAUCAUGGAGAGGAGGCAGAGAGAGCAGGGUACUCCCUACAGGAACUAUUCCACCUGACCCGCAGCCAGGUGUCCCAGCAAAGAGUGCUAGCACUGCAUGUGUUGUCCCAGGUCAUUGGCAGGGCCCAGGCUGGUGAGUUUGGGGAUCGGCUCGUUGGCAGUGUCUUAUGCCUCCUUUUGGAUGCUGGUUUCCUCUUCCUGCUACGCUUCUCCCUGGAUGACAGAGUAGACGGGGUCAUUGCAGCUGCCAUCCGGGCUCUUCGGGCUCUGCUGGUGGCUCCUGGAGAUGAGGAGCUCCUCGACAGCACCUUCUCUUGGUACCAUGGAGCUGCAGUGUUCCCUCUGAUGCCCAGCCAGGAAGACAAGGAGGAAGAGGGUGAGGAAGAAGAACCUCCAACAGAAAAGGCAAAAAAGAAGACUCCUGAGGAAGAAGGCCGACCUCCACCUGACCUGGCCCGACAUGAUGUCAUCAAGGGGCUCCUGGCUACCAACCUGCUGCCUCGGCUACGCUAUGUGCUGGAGGUGACCUGCCCAGGACCCUCUGUGGUCCUUGACAUCCUGGCUGUGCUCAUCCGUGUGGCCCGGCAUUCCCUGGAGUCAGCCACAAGGGUCCUGGAGUGCCCUCGGCUGAUAGAGACCAUAGUUCGAGAAUUCCUGCCCACCAGCUGGUCUCCUGUGGGGAUGGGGCCUACUUCCAGCCUACACAAAGUGCCCUGUGCUGGUGCCAUGAAACUACUUAGGGUCCUGGCCUCAGCUGGUAGGAAUAUUGCUGCCCGUCUGUUGAGUGGGUUUGAUCUUCGGAGCCGCCUGUGCCGCUUCAUAGCUGAGGCUCCCCAAGAACUGGUCUUGCCUCCUGAGGAAGCUGAGACACUGAGCACUGAAGCUUUUCGCCUGUGGGCUGUGGCGGCAUCCUAUGGCCAGGGCGGUGACCUGUACAGGGAGCUGUACCCAGUGCUCAUGCGGGCCUUGCAGGCUGUGCCAACAGAGCUCAGCAGCCACUCCCCACAGCCCCUGUCCAUGCAGAGGAUGGCCUCCAUGUUCACUCUUCUAACCCAGCUGACCCUGGCAGCCAGCAGCACCUACCAUGAACCUAUCAGUGAUUCUGCUGAGACCCACGUGCCAGCCACCCCUUCUUCAAUCACUUGGGCACAGGUGUCUGGACUCCAGCCUCUCGUGGAGCCAUGUCUAAGGCAGACUUUGAAGUUGCUGCCCAGACCUGAUAUGUGGAAUGCUCUGGGCCCAGUGCCCAGUGCCUGCCUGCUAUUCCUAGGUGCCUACUACCAGGCCUGGAGCCAGCAGCCAGCCUUGUGCCCAGAAGAUUGGCUUCAGGAUAUGGAACACCUAUCAGAGGAGUUGUUGCUGCCACUGCUGAGUCAGCCCUCUCUGGCCAGCUUAUGGGAUUCCCUCAGGCACUGCUCCCCUCUCUGCAAUCCACUGACCUGUACUUCAGCCCGUGAAGCUCUCCCCAGCCUUGUGUCACUGGGCUGUGCAGGAGGCUAUCCCCCUCUCAGUUUGGCUGGCUCAGCCUCACCCUUCCCAUUCCUUACUGCCCUUCUCUCUCUUGUCAACACCAUGGUCCGGAUCCACAAGGGGCUAUGUUGUCAGCUGGCCACCGUAUUGGCUGCCCCUGGACUCCAGAACUACCUCCUCCAAUGUGUGGCUCCUGGGGCUGCCCCACCCGUCACACCGUUCUCUGCCUGGGCCCUACGCCAUGAAAACCAUCUGCAAUAUCUGGUGCUCUCCCUGGCCCAGAAAGCGGCAAUAUUGCAGCCAGUGUUGGCCACUAAUGCUGCCCUCCACCAUGCUGUGGCCUUGGCCCUGCUGGGUCGGCUGCUGCCCGGAAGUGAGUACAUUGCCCAAGAGCUGCUGCUGAACUGUGUGUUCCGGCUGGAGUUCCUCCCGGAAGGUGCAUCAGGGGGUCCAGAAGCAGCUGACUUCUCUGAUGGACUGUCUUUAGGGAACAGCCAAGACCCUCCGUGUGGACGAGGGGCUCUCCUUGUUCAGGCCUGCCAGGACCUCCCCAGCAUCCGCAGCUGCUACCUGACCCACUGCUCACUGGCUCGAGCCAGCCUGCUGGCUUCCCAGGCCUUGUACAGAGGGGAGCUGCAGCGAGUCCCAGCCCUGCUGCUGCCUGUGCCUAAGGAGCCACUGCUUCCCACCGACUGGCCCUUCCAGCCAUUGAUUCAUCUCUACCACCAGGCUUCAGACACUCCCUCGGGACUCCCUCCCACUGACACCAUGGGCCCAGCCAUGCGGGUCCUGCAGUGGGUGCUAGUUCUGGAGAGCUGGCGCUCUGAGGCCCUGUGGGCUGUGCCUCCUGCUGCCCGCCUGGCCCGGCUCAUGUGUGUGUUCCUGGUGGACAGUGAGCUAUUUCGAGAGACCUCAAUCCAGUGUCUGGUGGCAGCCCUCCUAGCCCGACUCUGUCAGCCUCAAGUCUUGCCAAGCCUCAACCUGGACUGCCCACUUCCUGGUCUGACAUCUUUCCCUGAUCUCUACUCCAGCUUCUUGGACCAUUUUGAGGCUGUUUCUUUUGGGAACCACCUCUUCGGGGCUCUGGUCCUCCUGCCCUUGCAGCGUCGGUUCAGCGUCACCUUGCGCCUCUCUCUCUUUGGGGAUCAUGUGGGGGCUCUGAGAGCUCUGGGCCUACCUCUGACCCAGGUACUUCUUAUCCCCACAGGCCUGAUUUCUGCCCUGGAGUGCUAUACAGGGCCUCCUGAAGACAACCUGGCCCUCCUUCAGCUCUACUUCCGGACGCUGGUCACUGGCACCCUCCGCUCAUGUUGGUGCCCUGUGCUCUAUGCCGUGGCUGUGGCUCAUGUCAAUAGCUUCAUCUUCUCCCAGGACCCUAAGAGUUCAGAUGAGGUAAAGGCUGCCCGAAGGAAUAUGCUGCAGAAGACUUGGCUGCUGGCAGAUGAGGGUCUCCGGCAGCACCUCCUCCACUAUAAGCUUACCAAUUCCAGCCUUCCAGAGGGCUUUGAACUGUAUUCCCAGUUGCCUCCCCUGAGGCAGCAGUAUCUCCAGAGACUGACCUCAGGGGUGCUCCAGAAUGUAGCAUCAGAGAACUAGGACAGUUGCUAUGGAUGGAGAGAUGGAUGCAUUCUGGGGCUCACCCAUGGAUGCCUGGUCAGGCAGAAGGGCAUCACGUCGUAGGGGAAGGCAGGGAACAAAGGAGCAGAAGCUUGCCUUCCUGAGAAUGCCUUGUUUGAGCUUUUUUGGAGCAGAAUGAGCCUGACCAUUACAUCCUGAUAUCUGGAGUUCAGGAUCUGGGGCUUCUGACGGCUUGUGUUAGGAGUGAAAGGUGACUUACUUAGCUAUUUAUCCCCUCUUUGGGGACAGGACAAUCUACGUGUACCUUCCUCACCUUCCAUUCCCCAGCUUGGGCUUGGGUAUAUGGAUGCUAUGCUGUGCAUUGAAAUAAAUUCUUUUUUAGU